GAAACUAAUUGACCCCCUCCACUUCCCCACACACACCCCAAAAUGUCAUGUCUCACUAUAUAAAACUACACAAUUUUCCGUUAGAUAACGACACAAGGAAAAACGACGGCGUCACUUCAUCUGUUUCUAUAAAUACCUCAAAACAUUAUCCCGUCUUCUUCUCCCUUUUGUCUCCAUUCCUUAUUUGUUUUCACACAAUAACACCCUCACUGUGUGUAUAUAAAAACUAUAUAAUAUAUAUUACUAUAUAGUAAGUAUCUUUCCAGAUUCUGAUUCUUCCUCACUGUUAUACGUAAAACCUGGAGACAAGAAUCUCAAUUUUCUCUCCCUAAUAUUCGCCGGCGGUACUUUUCCGGCGCCGGCGAAUAUGUACCAAUUUAUUUUGCUGAAGAUUCGUCAUUGAUUUGGUAUAUUAUUUACGAUUUGCUUAGGUUUUUCUCGAUACAUUUUUGGCUAAAACAGAGAAAAUUAGCGAUUUUGGAUGCGAAAUUCAUCGACUAUUUCAGGUACUAAGGAGAAGAAAGUGACAAAAAAGUAAAAGAAAAAUAAAAAUAAAAAUAAAAGGGAAAUGCUGACGUGUAUAACUUGUAAGCAAAAAAUAGAUGAUGAUGGAGGAGAAGAAGGUCCACGUGGGACCCCCAAUACUAAAGAAUCAGUCAAAAGCUUGACUGCCCAGAUCAAGGAUAUUGCAUUAAAGGUCUCUGGUAAAAACAGCAAGUCUAGUACACCAACUAGCAGUUACAGGAGAGGACAAAGAGCUUAUCCUGAUUUUGAAACAAUUGCAGAGGAAGUUCCAUAUGAACCAGGAAGUUCAAGUACUACUCCAACUUGGGAUUUUAACCGUCAUCAUCGAACUCCUCGAGCAGAUCCAAGAUUUACAGGAGGAUAUAGUGGCGGUGGUGAUGAUGAGAAGAGAGAAUCUGUCUACUCCCAGUCAGGUGAUAUGGUGUUGCCAGAUGAAGAGGGGCCAAAAGAGUGGAUUGCUCAGGUGGAGCCUGGUGUUCAGAUUACUUUUGUCUCUCUUCCAACUGGUGGAAAUGAUCUCAAACGAAUCCGCUUUAGUCGAGAUAUGUUCGACAAAUGGCAAGCUCAAAGAUGGUGGGGUGAAAAUUUUGACAGAAUUAUGGAGCUCUACAAUGUCCAGAAAUUUAAUCAGCAAGCUAUGGACACUCCCGGGCGGUCUGAGCUUGGAAGAGAUUCUAAUUAUUCAAGGCUUGGAUCACCUAGGGAAAGCAAAGAGUGGCCUCAGAGAAAUUAUAGACCAUCCAGCAGCAGCCAAUAUAACUAUGGAGGAUCCAGUUCUUACACCCCUGGGCCUAUGGAACCGUCAAGGAUGACAACUGACUCACGAGCUUCAGUUGCCACGAGCAUUGCUGGUGAUGGAGAGUCAGAAUGGAUAGCAGAAGAUGAACCAGGAGUAUAUAUAACCAUCAGACAACUAGCUGAUGGCACUAGAGAGCUACGGCGUGUAAGAUUCAGUCGUGAGAAAUUUGGGGAGGUGAACGCGAAGCAGUGGUGGGAACAGAACAGGGAUAGAAUACAAGAUCAGUACCUUUAAAGCAUGUUUUUUUCCCAAAGAGCAUUAUCAAGGUAUUAUUCCCUGGAACUUAAGAUCCAAUGUAGAUUCAACUUUUGAUUCACUUAGUGUGAUCAAGACGGUCCAAAUGUGACCACCACGGCUCCUCUCUUCUCGAGAAUCCAUACAUCCGUUAUCAAUGUAUGGACAUCUAUCUCUCGACCAUGCUUCUUCAAAGCGAUUAACUCAACGAUAUCAUCAGGCAAUUCAAGCACCAUUCUUGGCAGUUUAAAAGAGCUUAUACCAGAUUCAUAUUGAAGUAUAUAGUUAUUUCUCCUCCUAGUCACUUUUUAUUUUUUUGUGUCAUCGCAUUUUUGAUCUCUAAUUAUACAUUUUUUUUGGGAAAAUUCUUUUUUUGGGCUUUAUUUUGCCUUCAGUUUUUGGUUGAAUGGCUUGGUGGAUCUCCUAGUUUUUACUUAGGUUGUUUCUUUAGUUGUCUUUCUUUGUAACACAACUUUCUAGUAAAGGAAAUUGAAUCAAAAGCUGAUGAUGCUUAAAAAACU